GACAGCUUCAUCCCUCUUGAUAGACUAGUGGAUGGAAGGUUCCUAAAAUAAGUAAAAUGGUGUCAUCAGUGAUAUUUAUUUUACUAUAUUUUUAUAUCAAAGACUGCCUGUGUGAACAGUUCAAUCUCUUGGUGAUAAAUCAGAAAAACAAUGAGAUAGCAAGUGAAGUUUUGAAUGUAGCUACAUCGUAUCUGAAAAGAAAUAGUAUUCACGGAGUUGAAGUUGGUGAGAUAUUCUACAUUGAAAACCAGGAGGAAGAUGGGCAGCAGUUUCUUGAUGCCAUCUGUGCAGUCUACCAGAAUGCCUCAGACAGGGGCAAAGUACCAGACCUUGUACUGGACCUGACAUUGGCUGGGACAAUCUCUGAGGCAGCCAAGACCUUCACAUCAGCACUGGCUCUGCCCACAGUCGCCUUGACUUAUGGCCAAGAACACGACAUCAGAACUUGGCGAGGCUUGGACAGUGAGCAGCAGAAGUUUCUGAUACAAGUGUCUCCACCAGGCGACAUGAUACCGGAGAUUGUGCGUAGCCUCGUAGUCUACCAGAACAUCAGCAAUGCUGGGGUCCUCUUUGACAGCUCUUAUGAGAUGGACCACAAAUAUAAAGCUCUUUUGAGAAACUUGGCAACUCGUCACAUUAUAAUAAGAGUUGAAGAACCAAAGGCUAUAAAAGAACAACUGAUUCGAUUGCGUAAUUUGGACAUUGUUAAUUUCUUUAUCCUUGGAAAUCUGACUACUAUUAAAAAUGUGCUAGACAUGGCUAAUGUGAACAAGUAUUUUAACAAGAAGUUUGCCUGGCAUGCCAUAACUGAGGACCUGGGGGCCCUCAGAUGCAGCUGCACCAACGCGACAGUGCUGUUUGUCCGGCCUGAUCUGUCUGGCAGUGCCCUUGAACAAAUAAACAUGUUACGCACAUCAUACUCACUGACUGUCAAACCUGAGAUCGUGGCUGGAUUCUACUUUGAUGUUAUUGUUCGCUCAAUACUCGCACUCAAGUCAAUGUCCACAAACAAUGAACUUUCAAAAACGACGAAUUUCACUUCUUGCGAUGAUUACAAUGAAGAAGAUCCCCCAAAGAGAUUUAACUUUGAUUUGAGAAAACACUUCAUGCAGGUUAAAGGCCCAGUAUCAAUUGGACCACUACAUUUGGAAAGCAAUGGCAAUAACUAUAUGAACUUUUCCAUGAAAAUUGAGAAGGUGAAUAUCUUGAACAGCCAGGUGAGCUCAUCACGACUUGUUGCCACCUGGACAACCGGGUUCAACCAGCCACUUCAGGUCAAUGACUCUUCGGCCAUAGCUAACUUCUCGGCAGUCCAAGUUUACAGAGUAGUUACUGUACUGCAAAAGCCUUUUGUCAUGCGAGAAGUAGAUUCAGAAGGCAAUGAAAAGUUUGUUGGCUACUGCAUUGAUUUGCUAGAGGAAAUAUGCAAGCUUAUGGACUUUGAGUAUGAGAUAUAUUUGGCUCCAGACAACAGUUUUGGGUACAUGGAUGAGAAAGGUGAAUGGAACGGUAUGAUACGAGAGCUUCUGGAUAAAAAGGCUGAAAUUGCAUUGUCUUCUUUGUAUGUGACUGCGGAGAGAGAGAAUGUCAUUGAUUACACAGUUCCUUAUUAUGAUCUGGUCGGCAUCACAAUACUCAUGAAGAAACCACAAACCCCUACAUCUUUGUUCAAAUUUCUAACUGUUCUAGAAAGUGAGGUUUGGCUGUGUAUUUUAGGAGCCUAUUUCUUUACCAGCUUCCUGAUGUGGGCCUUUGAUAGAUAUAGUCCAUACAGCUAUCAGAACAACAAAGAAAAGUAUAAGGAAGACGACGAACAAAGAGAGUUUAACCUUAGAGAGUGUCUCUGGUUUUGCAUGACUUCCUUAACUCCUCAGGGCGGAGGAGAAGCACCCAAAAACAUGUCGGGGAGGCUAGUGGCAGCUACUUGGUGGUUGUUUGGAUUUAUCAUCAUUGCCUCGUAUACAGCCAACCUCGCUGCGUUCCUGACUGUGUCACGUCUGGACACGCCUGUAGAGUCCUUGGAGGACUUGUCAAAACAGUACAAGAUCCAGUACGCGCCCCUGGAGGGCUCCUGGGUACAGACCUACUUCCAACGAAUGGCCGAUAUUGAGCAAAGAUUUUACAACAUCUGGAAGAAGAUGAGCCUAAACACCAGUAUGAGUCCUGUGGAGAGAGCUCAGCUAGCCGUGUGGGACUACCCCAUCAGUGACAAGUACACCAAGAUGUGGCGCUCCAUGACAGAGGCAAAGUUCCCCAAAACUCUGGAGGAAGCUGUCAAUCGGGUACUCCAGUCCAAAGAUUCCAGCGAGGGCUUUGCUUUCCUAGGUGAUGCAAUUGAUAUCAAGUACCAGGCCUUAAUUAACUGUGAACUGCAAAUGGUGGGAGAUGAGUUUUCAAGAAAACCAUUUGCCAUUGCAGUUCAACAGGGAUCCCCUUUAAAAGAUUCUUUCAAUAAUGCCAUACUUCAACUUCUAAACCAAAGGAAGUUAGAAAAGCUAAAAGAAAUUUGGUGGAAUGGAAAUCCUGAGCGGAAAGUCUGUGAAAAACCUGAUGACCAAGCUGAUGGUAUCAGCAUACACAACAUAGGUGGUGUCUUCAUUGUUAUAUUUGUUGGAAUCGCACUUGCCUGUGUUACGUUAGCUUUUGAAUAUUGGUGGAUGAAAUAUAAAAAACCAAACGGAGAUAGCGCUGAGCCUGAGAACAAUAAAUUAUUUGAACAAAGGAAAAUGUUGUCAAACCAAUUGAGGGAGGAGUAUUUUACUUCAACAAAGAAAAUAACCACUCCUAAAGAUAAUAUUCCUUACAGGAGAAGAGAAUAUAACAGAUGGUAGAGAAAUGUCUACUACAGUUGUGAGGCAACAGGAUGACUCUAAAUAGUGAAUUAUGAAUACACAUACUCAACUACUGUAAAAUUGUCUACUUUCAAUACCACCAAUCCCUGGAAUC